AUGUACAAACCGACCCAAGCCACCUUAGCGUCGAUUUACCCUUUCACAACGGUCAUUCCAAUAUUAAGCAUUAUUGUUAGUUUGGAAACAGGAAUUCACUGUGACGAAGGCACAGGAGAGAUAUUAUC